GGCUGACAAUCUAGAGAACGAAAAUGAUGCUGCUACAGUCAUUUUGUCUUCCUCUUUACUGGCCAACUCAUUCGCAGAAAGUAUAGUCUAUCCCCGGGGUCGAUCAUGCUGUCCUCAACGCAUGUCCGUCUGACCCGGACGUCUUCCGACUUGCGCUUGCUCGCUGCUACACUUUGCCCUCCGUCGCCUAUUCUCACACCUAAUGACCUACUGGCACCAAGCACGUUUAGUGAAAUACCGCUCAUAAUCGACUUCGUGAUUGACAAAUUUUCUACACCCUUGAACUCGCCUCUCAGGUUUGAAUAUGACGCCGACGUAUGCACCCCGCCGAAAGCGAGUAGACUUGAAAUCGACAUAGCAACUGCACAGGGAAGAGUCGCGAAGUUGCCUAGGCUCCCGAUGACAGCCUCCCCGGUGACACUGUCCUCUAACCUUGCAAGCUCCUACAGUGUCAACGAAUCAAUGCUUGACGAAGUCUUUUUCACUCCGAAGUCAUUCCUGUCAUCACAGUCGCUCGUUUCUACACCAUCUCCUUCCCCAAGUCCCCUCUCAAAGUCUCUGUUCCACCUGACACAUAUCCGUAGCUUGGCUAUAUCGGACUCGGUUGGCUCGUCGCUGUCAGAAAGUCCCAGCGUUAGGACUGCUCUCGGAGGCGCAAACCGACAAGCCUGGGUUUUCAACUCGAGGAUGACUUCAAAUUCAACAAUGACUGUUCCUGUAGAGGAUAGAGAGAAUGAGCAAACUGUAUACCUUGGCACGUCAGCGACGUUCUCGACGCUGCCGACACCUUCCUUUGCUCCUCCAUCGCCAUCGCCCAGUGUAGAUGUUAUUUCUCCCAUAUCUCUGACAUACUCUAGGAGACAUCGUAGACCACUGGAACGCUCAGGAGCCAUCCAUCAUUUGAAGACACCCCGCUCAAUCCCGAGGACCUCUCGGCUCCAUCUACUUCCCCAUGAGCCCCAGUCCCCCGUCAUCGCACCUGUACGCACAACCCGAUGGCAGCUCACUGACUCCCCUUCGGCAAGCUCCAUGCAUUCGUUGUCUUUUGCAUGUACUACCUUGAGCGACUCAGGCGUCUCAUCUAAGCAUCCCUAUCUUCCACGUGAUCUCACUUGGCUCGGAGGGACUGAUGUUGAACUCUGGAUCGACCAGGAAGGCUUCCGCGCGAUCCGGCCCAUGAUGCGACUGAUGGGGUAUUCCCCACGCUCCCGUUCACUGCUACCAUAUGGAGAGCGUGGCGUCUCCUCCGACGUGAGCGGAGGCGUGGCGGAGUUCAUGCCAGUCAAGCGCGAGAGCUUCGCGUUCCACUAUGCGACCCUCGAUGGUCCACCGAUGCUGCGGCGCGUCACUGUGGGCGGGGAUGAGUCGCGUGACUACCUCUCCCGACACGCGGCACUGAACAUCAAGACGAACGGCGUAUAUACCGUUCUCGGAAGCGAGAGCAUGGUGUUGGGAAGCCCGCAGGAGCACGUGAAGAUGCAAUGGAAGUUCGAUUACCUCGUAGACGACCGUUACACGGACGGAUCGGGGCGGGUCCUCCCCGGCGAGAAAAUCAUCACGCCACUGACGUUUUCUUGCUCUCCAUUCUUGCUGCACCCGAUGCAGGGUAAGAAGGUCGGGUUCGUGCACCUCGUGAAGAAGAGCGUCGUACCGAAGCUCUCCGCGGAGAAGCUGGAGCCACCCGAGCGUCCCAAGAACGUUGGGCAGCUGAACCAGGUACAACGAAUGGCGAGUCUUAGGCGUAUGCGCAGGCAUGGGCCAUCCAGGUCGGAUGCCCAUGCGAACCCGGAAGGCGUUCUUAGGUUGCCAAGCGGGGCACUGGUUGGCAGCUCUCCUUUGGGACCAUCAAAGGGCGGCAGAAUACUUGAAGGCACCAGACAGAUGCAAUACACUCGGAGACGGAGGGCCUCAUCAGCUGGAGAACACGGUUACGUCAUAUCAAGUUUGCAUGAACUUAUGUCUGCCCAACCAGUCCCUAUCGCCGAAGAUGCAACGGCCGAGCUACCGAAGAUGACCACACCCAGAAACGAAAACCCACCCCGAGCUCGCCUGAACACAACACUGGGGUCUACACACAAUCAUGGAUAUUUGAAAGGACGCCAGGACGAUAAAUGGCUGGUCUGA